UCAUAAUCCACAUACUCGACGUAUUGCAGCACUGAAAAUACUCACCAUAAAUAUCUUGUUGCAGUGCUGCACGAGGAUUGGGUUCUAAACUUCUUGAGAAAACUUCCUGGGGAAAAAAUAAAAUAAAAAAUAAAGGAUCCAGCUGGGGAAUUCCAGAGAAGCAGCAAAGCCAACUAAAUACAUUAUUCACUGCUGGCCACUGUCAGUAUCUGCAAAUGCGUGAGGAAAAGCUGAUUGGAAAGGCACGGAAGGCAACAAAGAAAAUUAGUUUUUGCUUCUAGUCACAGAUUCAAGGCUGUCGCCUGCGAACUCUGAGCUGAUUAGAGAAAAUGAAGCAGAAAGAAAGAGAGCUGCUGGCAGUGACCACUGCUCCUGCUGGCGAUGCCAGAACUGGCCAUUCUGCAGCUCCUGCCAAACACACAAUCCCUUGCACAGACCAGUCCAGAGCUGGACCGAUACCAGCAGAAUCUUUCCAUCUGGACUGCUCCCAAAACGAAGACGACAGAAGGAUAUUUGUAAUGCUUGCACUGCUCUCCCUUGCAUUUUGCGCUUGCCAGAACAGUGAUGGCUGAACGAGCUUAAAGAAACUGAGUCGGUAGCAGUUACACGUCAUGAUGUGUUUUAGCUCACUGAAUGUAAGGAAGAACAAGUCUGAAAUGCUGCUCUGUUGCUUAUACAAUGGGAAAAAAACUUUUCUGCUUCCAAGUACAGGACAUGUUUUCACGGAUAAACAUGUAUAUGUGUAUAGUAGGAGUCUACAGUAUUAAUCCUUGAAGACAGAAUGUCUCGAGGUUUGCCAUAGUACCUUCUUUAAAUGUCUCCUUCAAAACAAAGUGUUUUGGAAUCUCAGAAUCGGUACCUGAUGGGCUUUUCAUUAGGACAUCUUUAUCUUAAUGCCAGCAUAACUUCUAUUAGGUAGAAUUGAUGUAAAGAAAGCUCCUUCUUUUCAGGGCAGUCCUGAGCCUAUGUUACAUAAUAAUAAUGGACCUGGAUGCUGAGGUGGUUAAGUCUGACAUCUGGAAUGUCACGAUCAGCCCUUUAUGGAGGUUACAGUAAUAAUACCAGAUCAAACACAGGUACGGCAGUUUAAACUUAAAGAGCAUCUGCUCUCAUCUCCUGUAGUUCUGUCGCUCAAUUACAGUGCAAAAGCCCUGCCGCAAAAAGCAGUACUUAAUUCAGUGUUAUUUGUAAUAACUCAUGAACCACGUUCAAAUGAUGUGCUUUAACAUCAGUCGCCAUUCAACAACAUUUUAUUCAGUGUAAACUACUGGGAAUGCAAGAAAUGCAAUUAGGACGUAUAAAAUUAGUUACAAAAGAAAGAAGCUCGUCCACUGGGGAGUGAAACCCAACACAUUGCGUAUUUAUCUAGUUGUGUGCUGGACAUCUUGUCCAUAAGGGUGCUGUGACAGACAGUGUUGUAAUCCUUUCGGAUUUCAGCAAAGCUUUCAACAACUUGCUACAACUGAAGUAGAAAAUGAAGAAACUCCUGAAUUGACGGUAUGUGUUGCUACUGACUAACAAAGAUGAUCCUAAGUGCAAACAAUCCGAAGUUCAAAAGGGUCCAGAAUCUCCAAGAGAGCAAAUAAAGAGAGCUAAAAAGGCCAAGGCCAACAACCUCAGCCUCUUCCAUUCUUAUUACGGAACUAUAUGUGGUGGCUGAAGGCUGCCCACAGUUUAGAAAUCCACAGAAGUUAUAAAUCCUCUUCUCAGAAAGAAUCUCUGUAACAAGGAAAGAAGCAGAUCAGCAGUACGUACUUGCUUGAUGAGAAAAAGCAGCUAUGUUUCCCUGCAAACAUAAGUAAUAAAGGAUGGUAAGGCCUGUAAGCCUUCAGGCUAACAGACCUUUGGUUUUUAAAAUGAAUGUUCAUCUGGAUUUCUAGGGGGAAAAGAAUAUCCUUUAAAUGAAGGCAAAAAUCUCCAUGACAGCAGCUAGAGGAGUAUAGAGAAAUUCCCUCAAACUUCAUCUCCUGGCCUGCAUUUCUGACUAGCCUGCAAAUGGAUUCUGUCGUGCCUUUGCUCUAGUGGCGCUUUGAGCCAGCUGGACAUAAGAUCAGUGGCUUUCCAGAAAUCAUGUGGCCACAUUAGCAUAGUCCUGAGCUCACGCUCGCACACCCUGCCUCCCAUCCAGCCUCAUUAGCUCAGGUUCAGCAACGUGGGAAUCGUGGCUACACAGAUGCCAGAGUUGGCUCCCAGAUGGUUCAGGACACAGGCAGAGGGAAGGCAUCGCUGUCUGCACCCGUCCAUGCAGAUAUACCCUCAGAUGACCCCAGCAACCAGCUCUUAUCAGGAAGCGACCAUCACCAGCCAGGAGCAGCUGGUGAUGGUGGAGCUGUCGGGAAUUAUUGAUUCAGACUUCUUAGAAAAAUGCGAAAACAAAUGCAAGAUUUUGGGAAUAGAGACAGAGAGACCCAUUUUACAAGUGGACAGAUAUGUCUUCGCAGGAGAUUAUGAAGAUGUCUUGGGAACCUGCGUGUUUUUUGAGGAAAGCACAGAGCACGUAGAUGCUGAAGGCAACCAGAAACUACAGUUGAAGUACAAGUGCCACACGAUGAAGAAGUUGAAUAUGACACGGACGCUUUUGUCAGAGAAGAAGGAAGGAGAAGAGAGCAUUGGUGGUGUGGAGUGGUUGCAAAUCAAGGACAGAGACUUUUCCUACCGCAGGCGUAACACCAUUUGUAACUUUCUGCGUGAACAGGAAGAUUCGGAGGAGUCAGCUCAGGCUGCGGAUAAAUUAACUGAGGAAGCGGAGGGGGAGGUGAGCGACAGAGGAAACUCUGACAUGAACUGUGAUUUGGAGAAUCCAAGUAGCUUGGAUGCUGCUUCCAUCCCUCUGCCUGACAGCCCUGCUUCCGAGGCAGAGGAUUCUCCUCACAGCGCUGCCUUAGGCGAUGCACCCCUGUGACGCGGGCUCUCAUCUCUUCAGACUUUGUUUGCUGAAUUAAUGGACCGAUGACACAAGUUAUUAUUUUAUCUGGGCAGUUUGUGGUGGGGAAGGACCGGCACCGUGUUCUUGUGCCUUCCUGUCCUGUUUCGAUUAUGCUGGGGGGAGCUUUAGUGUUUUUUUUUUUACUUGUUUUUGAUGCUGAUUGGAAACGUGUGCAUCUCUACCUCAAAACUGAAGAAAAGGAAACAGCUGCAUAAUAAUGAAAUAAAAAGACCCUGCCUUUGGAUAA